UAAGUAACAGUUUGUCAGGUUGUCAACUCUGCAAAGUAGCCGAAAGAAACGGAUCAAAUAAAAUAAUUUCAGUGACUAUAUUACCGAUGUGACAGCUCAGUUUGUUUUGUUUUAAUGCCUGAGCUUAUCUAAUUGUCUCUAUCGAACUGUAUUCACGUUUCAGUUUAAUAGCUCCUUACAUUUAAGCGUGCACUAAAAACAUGAUUUCAGCUUUGAUAUGCUUUGCUUUGAUAUUUCUUACAUCUACCGAAGCCUCAGUAAGCCCAACCACAACACACCACCACACCAACCACCACCACCACAACCAUCCACCGAGCAAAAGCUUUGACGAAUUACUCGAUGCACUUACAGCCGUAGAAACCAAUCGUAAAAUCGCAAUAAAGGAAGCAGCAGAAGAGGGCACCGAACGGAAAAGUAAUGAAACGUUCAAAUGCCUAGAACUCGUACGACAGGCGGAUGAAGCACUUGUGAACAUACGACACUUUUUUGAUGCUGGAAGGAUCUUUUUCAAUUUCAGCAAAAAUAUCCAAAGAGAUGCACACAAGGGAACUGAUUUCUUGCGAGAGGAGAAAUUUUCCGACUUCAGCAAUCAAAUGAAUAACCUGGCUGCGACGUACGAAACUUUAUCAACUCAAAUGAAAAAAAUGCCGAAAGACGAGUUGAUCAAGCUGCGACCUGUGUUUGACAUCCUCAAGCAGAGUGACACCAUUUUGACUCCACUCGUGGGGCAAUUCCAAAUUAAUUUGGAGGAGUCUAAGGAAAUGAUAAAGAAGUAUCAGGGUUAAUGGUGGAAGUUUGAAUCACGAUUGAAAGCUACAAUACCAUGUAUCACUUAGACUAUGCCCUCUAACCCUUUCCCAUUAUUCCGCCAAUAGCGGCUGAUAGGCCAAUAUGGUAUAGGCUGAUCCUAAGCUCCGCCAACAAAGAGAAUUCUACCGAUGAAUUCUAAAUUAUGAAAACUAUCAUAGGAGCCCAUGUUACUAUGACGUUAUUACGAGAUUGGCAAUUGGUUAUAGCUCUGCCCCCUGCCUGCCUAUUGAACGACCUAUAUGAACAUUCCAAUUUUGACAAGUUUUUCCUCAUAAAAAUAAUAUUGGAUGAAAGUUAUGCAUAUUUUCCCUUUAAAUGCUUCGAUAUUUUAAAUUAAAUUGCAAGCCGAAGUGUUUGAAAAGUUUGGAAAGAAAAAUAUUCAUAACUUUCUCAAUAGAUCCGUAAUUUAUUAAAGGAAAGUUGGAAACGGC